AUGCUCCCGUCGAAUGAUCCAACUUUGUAUGCGUCCUACACAAAUAUCGGUGCUGUAUAUGAUAAAAUGGGCGAAUAUUCUAAAGCAAUUACAUCAUAUGAACAGGCAGUUGACAUUUUAAAAAUAACUCCUCGAAAUGAUACGAUCUUACCGGCUUUCUAUGAAACUAUUGGUGACGUAUACUUUAAAAUGCCCGAAUACUCAAAAGCCCUAGCAGCAUAUCAGGGAUCACUUGAGCUUUAUCAAGCAGCAUUAUCUCCAAAUCAUCUUUACUUGGCCGGUUCCUAUAAAAAAAUCGGUUUAGUACAUUCUUGCACAGGGGAUUACUCCAAAGCGUUACAAGCAUAUCAAAAAGGUGUAGAAAUUCUUAAAAAGGCAUUAUCGCAUCAUAACCGAGCACUCGAAAUCAGAGAAAAGACUUUAGCAUCAGAUGAUCCUGACUUAGCUACUUCCUAUAAUGAUAUGGCUGUGGUAUACUCUAAUAGUGGUGAAUACGCCAAGGCACGUUCAUUCUACGAUCGAGCAGUUGGUAUUCGAGAAAAGAAACUGCCUGCAAAUCAUCCUGACCUUGCUAAAUCGUACACUGGUAUUGGUAUUCUGUUGGAAAAGAUGGGCGACUAUCUUGAAGCACUAUCGUAUUAUCAAAAGGCACAAGAUAUAUGGGGAAAAUGUCUGCCGCUCACACAUCCUGAUAUUGAAACAGUAAAAACAAACAUUAACCGACUUCAAAAUAAAGCUUGA